AUGACGGCAAGACCACCCACGAACCACGAUAUCGACCCUCGUUUGCUCUACGCAAACCCGGGCGACUUCACUGAACCUGGGCUCUCAGGAACCUUGACUAUUCCUGAGUUGCAGCACUAUCAACGUCGGAACCAAGAGAUCGAGGCAUUCUGGGCAAGAAGACAGGGUCAGCUUCCCGACCAGCAGCAAGGAUUUGGACUACAACACCCGUCACCCGGCUCCCAGGGUCCCCUACAAGGUCGUCAACACGAGAUGAUGUCGUUUAAUGACACUGUGAACGGCCCAGGAUUGCCGCAAGCACCGCGUCCGGCUCUUCAGCAGUAUUUUACUCCAUACCACGUACAGCAGGUCGGGCAGCAGCGAAGUGUAGUGCCAUCCCAGCUUCCAACGCCGGCACCGACUCCUACGGCGCAGAUGUAUACACCGGCUCAGUCCAUCCAGCAGUACUCCCCACAAUUGGGUUCUUACCAGCCUGCGGGCUAUCCAUCUUUAGUACAGGCGCAAUGCCUCCAGCCAGGCCAGGCGCCCACGCUCAAGAUCAAGCAACACAAAUUCCCUGUUGCGCCUCGGUCGCAGCCUGUGCAGUCCGGAAGUACCUCUCACCGUCGUCCCACUACUCAGUCGGGCCUUCCGACUCUCACUAGACCUUCAGGCAUCGCCAAGUCCGUUCCCCAAACCCCCGCGACUACUGCCACACCGGACUGGACCGACACAGCUCAGCUCGCAGCUAGUAUGCCGGCUUUCAAAAGUCUCCCGAAAGCAGAGAAGGUAGCCAAAAUUCUGGAGAUCAACAGGGCUAUCAAGGCCAAGAACCCUACUUCGCUCACGGCGAUGGAUCAGUUCCUCUUUGACCAUGGUGUCGCCAAAGAAGACGUCACUGCAGUGGGCGUAGUAGGGCCCGGUGGUAACAUAGUGAAGCCACCAGGUCAACAAGCGAUAACCGUUCCAGCGCCUGGCUAUCCGACUCAUCCGGGUGUGCAUGCGACUCCACCGGGUAUGCCAGCCUUCGCGCAUCAUCCGGGGUAUUCGAACAUUACUAGUUCGUUUCCUCAACCGUCCUAUAACCCACCAACAAAAUCUGCACCGGCCAGCAAGCGAGGGAGGAAGAAGAAGGAGAAGAAGUGA